GCGCUUACUGUGGGGUAGUGAGGUACACGUCUGCUUACUAUACAAGAUCUAGAACACGAUGAUUGGAAUCUUCAGGAAAAUACAGAUAUACUCGUGAAAAAGGAGUCACCAGAAGAUGAAGAGCUACCUGAGUGUUAUCACAUAUAUAUAAAUACUUGUUAUAAACUUGGUGUGGUUCCGUGUACACAGUUUAUGAACAGCAUGAAAAACAAGGCUGAAUCAGUAUGCCUCCAACAUUAUGGACUGGGACCACUGGGAGCUAAAGCGAUUGCUGCAACGAUGGUGAGAAAUGUAUUUACAUCGGUGUUGAACUUGAAGGACAAUGACAUCGGAGCUGAAGGAUCAAUGUAUAUAAUAGAAAUGUUGACGGAAAAUGUUGGUGUAAAAAUUCUGAAUCUUUCUGAAAAUAAGCUGGGCUCUGAGGGCGCAAGGCUUGUAUGUGAAGUAAUGGAUGACAACAGCUACCUAACGAGCUUACACUUAAGUGGUAAUGGAUUCAGGGAAUCGGACGCCAAAUACUUCGCUGAACUCCUGAAGAGUGAAGCAUCUUCUAACCUUGUGGAACUCGAUCUAAGUCAUAAUAACUUCUCGGAGAAAGGAGGCGAGUGGCUGGCGAUUGCAAUCAAAAAAAAUAAAACAUUGAAGAAACUGGACUUGAGUUGGAAUCAUUUCAGAAGAAAAGGAGCAGUAGCACUUUGCAGAGCAUUUAAAAUGAACACGACACUCACAUAUCUCGAUUUAUCUUGGAAUGGAUUGGCCGAUGAUGGCGCUGUGGUCAUGGCAUAUGUUCUAAAAAAGAACGACACACUGCGAUAUUUAGACGUGGGAUUCAACAGGAUAUCACGAAUCGGGAUAGCCAAGCUCACAGAUGCUUUACGAUAUAACACUACUCUGAAUGAAUUAAAAGUACGUACAAUAUAUGUUUUACGAUAUAACACUACACUGAAUGAAUUAAAGGUUGCCGGCAACACAAUCACUCACAAGGCAUCGGCGGCAAUGCUUGUUGCUAUAGAGACAAGUUCUCAAUCUUCAAUCAAUGUACUGGAUCUUGGGACCGAGUCAGUCACCAGGGAGUUUGUAGAUCACUUGGAAGAGCUGCAACUAGAACGACCGAUUAAAGUCAUAUACGGUUCCGUCGUCACAGAAAUCAACCUACGUCAUCGCAUGAUUGCUAGAAUUAAAGAUCUCCCGCCAAAAAAUCCACUAAGGGUACUGCGAGACUAUGUAGUGGAAAACCAGCUCAGGGCGGGGGAUCUAUUUCUGAGAUUUGACAAGAAUAGAGAUAACAGAUUGACGAGGCAAGAGUUGAGACAAGGUGUCAGAGAUAUUGAUCUGCCGCUAAAUGCGGAGGAAAGAAAGAUUUUAUACAAAGCACUGGAUAAACAAGAACGUGGAUAUAUUGAUUACAGCGAAUUUGUGAGUACAUUACAAUUACUUGUCAGAGAAGAAAGAAGCCGUCGUUUGAGUUUAAAGCUGGCAGUUCGCACUGCAAUAAUGGUCGCGUUUGUGUGGGAAACAAACAUAUUCGAGUGUGAUUUUGAAGAUGAUAUAUGUGGUUUGACAGUCAAGGAAAACUGGCAGAGACAUCGAGGUUACACGGAGACGUCGAACACUGGACCAUCUACAGACAGAACUAAAGGCACCGAGGAAGGUUACUACUUCUAUAUGGACGCUACAACCCUUCCUACGUAUGAAACUGCCACCUUCCGCACUCGAGUGUUUGAUUCGACACGAGCGUCGUGUUUACACUUUUCCUACUACAUGUAUGGGAAGGAUUGUGGAUAUCUGAGGGUAUAUCUGAAAGAGAUGGUCAGUAAUACAACAACAGUAGUCUGGAAACGCUGGUUCGACCAAGGAAAGCAAUGGCUACCCGUUGAUGUGAACAUAAGGACCACAGAAAGUUACCAGCUAAUUUUUGAAGCCGAUUCAAGUAUUUCGUACAACAUGGAUGAAGGUGAUAUUGCUCUUGAUGACAUUGUUAUACGGAACGAAAUUUGUCCUUUCAGCGGCGAUUGUAAUUUCGAAAAAGGGGGUUUCUGUGGAUGGUAUAACGUUACAAAUACCUGGUCUGUGAAAACAGUCAAAGACCUGAAACCUGGUCCUGACUGGGACACAACUUUGAAGACUGAAAACGGUGGAGUUCUCUUUCUGGAUAUCUUACGUCUUACAAGAGAUAAUAGUACUGCCCAGUUUGUUUUAAAAGACUUGCCUUUUACUGACGUCAACGGCAUGUGUCUCCAUUUUUGGUAUUAUACAUCCGGGUCAUUUGGUACACUGAACGUAUACGUGGAUUAUGGCACGACAUUUCCGGGAAAGCAGUUAUACUUCACUGAAUCCAUGGCAACCGGACAGUGGAUAUAUGCAAAUGUGCCUGUUGUUAGCAAUGUUAUUCACACGGUUAUUAUUGAAGUAGUUUCUGAUGAGAAUUCGAACGGAUUUGUUUGUAUUGAUGACAUAAGGUUUACCACGGGCUGGUGUGAUGUAUUACCUAAGUCAGCAGAAGCACCCCCUCCCACGGAUACACCCACUACACAACCGAUGGCGGGUGUCAAUGACUGUGACUUCGAAUUAAACAUCUGCCCGUGGUCUUACUCUUCUGACAGUGAAUUUUAUUGGUCACGAGUUCAAGCCAAGGAUGUGGAGGGGCAUGGACCUAGUGUUGAUCAUACGACUUCUAGUGGUGAAGGAUGGUAUAUGUACAUAGAAACAGAGUCAACUCACCAAACUGUUGAGAAGGCCUUGUUUGAAAGCCCGGAACUUGAAGUUUCUGAUUCUUGCUUGACGUUUUGGUAUCACAUGUACGGCACGCACGUAAAUUCGUUGACUGUUUUCAUCAAAGACGAAGACGACGAACCGCUAUGGACCCGCCAAGGUGGCGACGUCGAUGAGUGGCGGUUUGCCAGCGUUCCGCUGGAUUCUGUUGACCCAUUUAAGGUUAUAUUUGAAGGAAAACGAGAUAAUUCGUCCCAUGGUGAUAUAGCAGUAGAUGAUAUCCGUAUAAUAACUGAACAAUGCCCGGUACCACCUUACCAUUCUAUAGGAUGUGAUUUUGAGCAGCAUCACUGGUGUGACUGGACACAGGAUAAGAUUGACGAUUUUGACUUCAAGAGAGCUAGCGGACCAACCCUUUCAUGUGAUACCGGACCGUCCGUCGACCACACCACAGGCACGGAAUUCGGUCAUUACAUUUACAUCGAUUCGGGAGAGCAAAAUGGAGGUGAUCGUGCUGCUCUGUGGUCAGGAUAUUAUAAUUGGGACAGCUCGUCUUUGAAGAAAUGUUGGAUAUUUUAUUACAAUUAUCACAUGGCCGUGACCGCGACGAUCGCAUUGUAUAAAGAGGUGAAUUUCUGA